AUGAUUCGGUCCGAAUUUGCUGCUCGCUUUUGUGUAUGCCACGCGGAACUUCUUACGCAGAAGACGAGCAAAGACGAGUGCAUCAUUGCAGAAGCAUCGCCCGCUGGACUGAGCAUGAAGCACAUUUUCAUUCUCGUUGCUCAGGUGUGGAUUACAAUGGCCUGUAAAUCGUACAGUGCCGAUGAGAGAAUGCGGGAGCCGUGGACAACAAUGCCACCGCUUCAAGAAACAACAACGCGACCGGGGCCAGACCCACGAGGGCCACCAAGCAUAGCGGGGAUACGUGGCCCAAAUAGGCUAGAAGGGCCACCAAGGCCACAAGGGCUGAACGGGAUACCAGGGACACCAGGGCUACAAGGGCUACCGGGAGCGCGUAGCCUACCCGGGCCAGUAGGGCCACCAGGGCCACCAGGGCAGGACGGGAUACCUGGGGAUCGAGGCGUGCGAGGGCAACCGGGGUUACCUGGCCCACGCGGGCCAGAAGGGCCACCAGGGCCACCAGGGCAAAAUAUAGGACGCUGA